CGGGGGGUUGUUAACCCAUUAAUCCUUUGCGGGCCCUAUAGGAAAAAGUAGAACUGCCCUAUAGGGUUUCCAGGGCUGUAUAUCUUUCCGAGGCAGGCUGCCACAUUUUUCUCGCAAAACGGUUGGUGGGUUUGAACCCCCGACCUUUCUGUUAGCAGGCAAGCACUUUUAACCACUGCACCACCAGGGCUCCUUAGGUGGGGGUUAGAGGAGGGCAUUUGCCCCUGGGCACAAGUCCAAGGGGGCGCCAGACGAGGCCGGCCGGCGAAUCACAUCCACCCUUCCCCCUCCCUCCCCACCACAACGAGGGCGGCGGGAGUAUGGUGUGUAAAUUUAGAGACUGGUCUUGAGCGCUCCUUACUUUCGCUACGCCUCUUACUGGGCUGGGUGAUGGAGAAUAGCAGAGUGAGUCCUUCUCAGAUUAUGUGGCGUGUUGUGGUUUUCCAGAUGGCUUGUUGUUGUUAGGUGCCGUCCAGUCGAUUCCGACUCAUAGCGACUCUACAGGACAGAGUAGAAGCUUCUGCACAGGGUUUCCUAGGUUGGAACCUUUAUGGGAGCAGCUCGCCAGGUCUUUUUGCCUGCCCAGCGGCUAGUGAGUUGGAACCUCCGACUUUCAGAUUAGCAGCUGAGCCCUUAACCAUUGUGCCACCAUGGCUCCUUUGAGGUGGCUUAGAAGGUUAAAUAAUUCGUUCAAUAUUAUAAAACUAAAAGUUUUUUUUUUUUUUUUAAUAAAAAAGAUUAUGUAACUAGUUAUUGGGGAGCUGGCAUUUGAACUUAGCCUGACUCCCUUCUUUGCCAUUAGACUACUGGCUCUCAAAGAAAACAAUGCCCCAAAGCAGUGUGCCCUGAAGGGUGGGGACUGGACAGUCUAUUCAUGUAUUAUGAAGCAGAGGUAGAAGCACAGACACAAAGAAAAAAAUAUAUAUUAAUAUAAAGGAGUCAAAAAGAAAGUGUGUGGCGAGUUCUGGGCACCUGUUUCACUGGCCAUAUUAAAAAAAAAAUGAUUAUUCUUUUCUACGUGCCGCAUUUUCUCAGGUAGGUGUGUAAAUAUGUGGCACGCUCUUGUCCUAAUCCCUGUAUAACCUCGAAGUUACACGUAAUGCCAUGUGUCUUUCUUUUGUGUCUGUACCAUUCACUACAUUUCAUGUAAUGGGCACUUCGUAGGUUCUCAAUAAAAUGUUGGUUAAACGGUGAAUAAAAUAAUAAAAUGAGUGGAUUUCCCAGUGGGUAAUGUGUCCUUCUGGAAGGCAGUAGACAAAGCAGACCUCUGCUGGGGGUGUAUUCCUUUAAUGGAGAUCUGAAUAUGAAUCAGUCCAGACUUCUCCAUCAACUGCACUCAUCCUGCCAAACCAUCCAAAUCCAUACAAUCUAUGUAAAUAGCCUUCCAGACAAAGUUCCUAGCCACCUCCUCCAGUGCCCCUUCAACACCAAUCAGCUUACUUCCCCUACUCCCCUCCUACAUAUAAAUUCUGGAAUAGCCCAGCAGGAGGUCCAGACUCCAAGGAAAUGGAUAGGUGGGCACUGAUGGGCAGUGGGGAGGGGAAAUAGAUUAGCUUCUGGGUCCAGAAGGGCUCCUGGAGGCUUAUUCUGGGUAAAGGGCUGGCCUUCUUGAACCUCAGAAGGCGGGCAGAACCACAUCAGAAGGCAGAGAGAACCACAUCCUGGUCUCACCCGCCCACCCAGCCUCGCUUAUCAGCCUACCCACCCUUUCCUUACUGGGUGUCUGAGCCCUACCCUGCCCCUCACACUUAGGCAACCUGCCCACCAACUGCUCAUGCCUCCCAGAGACCCAGAUACCUUCAUCAGCAGUAUCCUCUCUCCUCAGGGAGAUGUGCCCUACAGUUGAUGCUUGAGGUCCCAGGCAGUUGCGGUCCUCAGCGGGUGAUAUGAGUCUUACGUGUCAUAGGAGGCUCCCCACCCCCACUGGUGACCGAAGGCCUGGCCUCAAGUAGUGGGUUGUUCCUCCUCCACCCAGACCUCACUGCUCAGGUACCCCUUGACAACCCAGCCACCCUGUGACAUGGCCUGGACGCUGUUGCUCAUCUUUAUCUUGGUCCAUCCAGCAUCCUGUGCUCUCUGGGUGAUCCAGCCCCCUGAGAUUCGGACUGAGGAGGGCGCCACCACCUCCCUGCCCUGCUUCUUCAAUGCCAGCCAAGGGAGACCUGCCAUUGGCUCUGUCACGUGGUACUGGGACAAUGUAGCCCCUGGGAAGGAGGUGAGGAACAGGACCCCAGAGUUCCAGGGCCGCCUGGCCCCCCUCGGCUCUGCCCGCUUCCUCUGUGACCACCAGGCUGAGCUGCACAUAUGGGACACCCUAGCCAAUGACUCUGGAGUCUGCCUGUGCAGGGUGGAGGUGCUGGGCCUGGGUGUCGGCACUGGGAAUGGGACUUGUCUGGUGGUGGAGAGAGGAUCCUCUCAGCGAGAGGACAGCACCAUCCUCCACCUCCUCCUUAGGGCUGCAUUCUAUGCCUUCAGUUUUCUCUCUGUGGCCAUGGGCAGCACCAUCUAUUACCAGGGCAAAUGUAAGUAA